AUGCGAGGGAUCUUUCCUUACGGUGGUUUCGCUGCGGAGACGACGAUGUCGGAGAAUAAGGACAAGAUGGAGGAUAUGAUGGAUGAUGGAGGGAAGGAUGGCUGGGUUUGGUGGCGGCGCAUCAACCAACUAAGAGCAACCACAGCCGCAUUUUCGGUUUCAUCUCAUCUUCCCAUUCAAACUUCUAAACCCGACAUCAUCAACUUCAACUUCAACUUCAACUUCAAUUACAACUUCAACUUCAGCUACGCCUGCUCUUACAACCUUAUGGCUGUUUAA